AUGGGAGAAGAUGCAGCUAGAAAGCCUCAUGCUGUGUGUGUUCCUUAUCCAUCCCAAGGUCAUGUGACCCCUUUGAUGCAGCUGGCGAAGCUUGUGCACUCAAGAGGCUUCCACAUCACGUUUGUGAACACUGAGUUCAACCAUAGGCGCCUGAUCCGAUCUGCAGGACCAGAUUCUGUUAGGGGUUUAGUGGAUUUCCGGUUUGAAGCCAUUCCAGACGGGUUACCUCCAUCAGAUCUUGACGCCACCCAAGAUGUUCCUGCACUUUGUGAUUCGACCAGGAAGAACUGUUUAGCCCCAUUCAGAGACCUAUUAGCUAGGCUAAAUUCAUCAUCGGAUGUGCCUCCUGUUUCAUGCAUAAUUUCAGAUGGAGUCAUGAGCUUUGCCAUACAAGCUGCUGAAGAAUUAGGUAUUCCAGAGGUUCAAUUUUGGACUGCCUCAGCAUGUAGUUUCAUGGGAUAUCUACACUACCGCGAAUUCAUCAGAAGGGGCAUUUUUCCAUUCAAAGAUGAAAGCUUCCGGAGUGAUGGCACUCUUGAUACACCUAUUGAUUGGAUCCCUGGUAUGCCAAACAUUCGGCUCAGGGACAUCCCAAGCCAUAUCCAGACCACUGAUCCCAACAGCAUCAUGUUCGAUUUCAUGGGAGAGGAAGCACAGAAUUGCCUAAAUUCUCCAGCCAUCAUUUUCAACACAUUCGACGCCUUUGAAGAUGAAGUGCUACAUGCAAUUGCACAAAAGUUCCCUUGCAUUUACACAGCUGGGCCACUUCCAUUGCUUGAGCGCCACAUGCUCGAUGGCCAAGUAAAGUCGCUGAGAUCAAGCUUAUGGAAGGAAGACUCUACAUGUCUUGAAUGGCUUGAUCAAAGAGAACCCAACUCAGUUGUGUAUGUGAACUAUGGGAGCGUGACAGUGAUGACUGACCGGCACUUGAAGGAGUUUGCAUGGGGGCUUGCCAAUAGCAAAUACUCAUUUCUAUGGAUCAUUCGACCCGAUAUUGUGAUGGGGGAUUCUGCAGUCUUGCCUGAAGAGUUUCUUAAGGAGACCAAGGAUAGAGGAUUACUAGUGAGUUGGUGUCCACAAGAGCAGGUGCUCUCCCACCCAUCUGUAGGCGUUUUUCUAACGCAUUGUGGCUGGAACUCUAUGCUGGAAGCCAUUUGUGGAGGUGUGCCUGUGAUUUGUUGGCCAUUCUUCGCAGACCAACAAACCAAUUGUCGGUAUGCCUGCACCACUUGGGGGAUAGGGGUGGAGGUGGAUCAUGAUGUUAAGCGCGAUGAAAUUGAAGAGCUUGUUAAGGAAAUGAUGGGAGGGGAUAAAGGGAAGCAAAUGAGGAAGAAGGCGCAGGAAUGGAAAAUGAAAGCAGAAGAAGCUACUGAUGUAGGAGGCUCAUCCUACACUAACUUUGAUAAAUUCAUUAAGGAGGCUCUCCAUACUCCAUAGUAGGGAGUGAGUGGCAAACUUUCCAAAUGCAUUCAGUCUUGUCUGUUUAUUGAAGGUAUUAGAGCUCAUACAAGAAGUAUAAAAACCUUUAGCAAUAUCCUACAAUACUCAAAUCAGUUGGUUUGAAAUGUAAUAUGCAGAGAGACAUUUCAAAAUGUGUUGGUUGGAAAUGGUUAACAUGCAAUCUAUUCCAAAUUAUUUUCCAACA